AUGCAGUCUCAUUUUGUAUUCGUCAUUAAUUAAUAAUAAUUGUGUAUUAAAAUUACCUAUUGUGCUUUAGUACUUCUCAUUACGUGUUAGUAAGCGCGGGUUGCAACACGUUUGGCUAGUUCUGUUAAUUUUUAAAAUGCAUUAUAAGUUUUACUUGUUCUUUGCUGUGACCGUUAUAUGCAUGUAUAACGUGAAAGCGAUGCCGAGGGAUAGCAGCGUGUUGAAAACAGAUGCCGUAUCUGGAAUUCCGGAAACAAAUUUACUAAAAGACAAAGAGCCUACUAAGGAAAGUGUGGUCACUAUACCAGGCCAGGUUCUAUGCAAGUAUGAUAAAGGAUCCGAAGAACCAUCUGAGGACGUGGUCUGCCAGGAACAUUGCUUACCCAAAGGUUACUCAUACGGGAUUUGUGUCAGUGGAAAAUGUAGUUGUAUUUAGAAGUUUAUUGUAAAAUUUUGUAUAGUUAUAACAAUUAAAACUACUCAUAUUUAAAAUUAUUAUAAGAAAAAUAAUUGAAAGAAUACUUUUUUUGCAAUAAAACAUAUCUAGAUUGGUUUGGUUUGAA